AGUGAAAACAAUUUCCGUGGCGUGCGUCGCCAUUUUUGUACGUCCUUUGUACGUUUGGAAGUUAUCUCCGCUAGUCAGCAAGUCGUUUUUUCGGGAUUAGACAAAUUUACAGACUGUCAAACAAGAUUGAAUGUUUUCCUACCAGAAGUUGAAGAAUAUUGCGAACAAAUAGCUACAAUCUGAUCCAGUUAAAGCUUCACGGACGGUAAUCUGAGCAGUCCAGAUUGGAGCAGGAAUAAAUUGGUGGUGACGGCAUCAAACCAAAAUGAUCACCAGACGAAGAGGUCGUUCAGACAACACCAAUGUGGAGGUUCACUCCUCAAAUUGUCCUUGUGAAGUUGAAGUCACUGACUUUGUUGAAAUGAUAGAAAAUGUUAAAACGAGUCCCUCUGAAGAAAUGAGCUCAGAUAAUGGGGAUAGUACAGUUGGAUUAGAGCUGGAUGAUUUAUUUGGAAUCGACAAGUUAAACUGGACAUUUGAGAAGGAUGCAGUCUCCCCUCUUUUCGACAUUGGAUUGACCGAAUUAGGUGUGGGUGACGCAACAGAUCAAGAUUUUUGGCUCGGCACAUCCAGGACCCCAUCGCCCGAAGGAGUGUCUGCUGGUCAGAAAAGGAAGUGGAGAGAUGACCCGUCUGGGCACAUGAUCAACAAAAACGCCAUCGCUGCGCGAAUGAAUCGUCUGAAAAAGAAGGAAUACGUGAACGGGCUGGAGAAUAAAGUUGGGUCUCUGUCGUCAGAAAACCGCAUACUCAAACAGGAAAACGUCCAAUUGAAUAAGCGGGUAGAAGAGUUGGAAGAUGAGACGAGGUACCUGAGAGCCGUGUUGGCCAACGAGAGCAUGUUAGCCCAGCUGUUGUCAAGGCUGAGCGGUGUGAACGGCAUGAAAUUAUCUUCCUCGCUUUUCCAGGGGUCCAACAAGAACGACGACCACGAUUAUGCCUUGCCCAGGAAACGUGUGAAGGUGGAGGAGAAGGAGACCUCUGGUGGCGUCUGUCUGCACGUGGACAAGAACAACGUCUCAGUGGAGUUCUGCACUAAGUGUGCAGAGAGUGCAAGCACGUCACUCAAAAUGUAGGGUCAAGUACUUUUAUCUGUUUUCAGAUGUUGAGACUGAACCUGAUUAACUUCAGAGUAAUGAACGUCAGGGGAAUUUGUGAACACUGUUAAAACUAUUUGAGAACAUUACUUAAGAAAUGUUGAAUGAUUUUGAGCAUGUGUGAAAAAUCUUAUGAAACCAAUGAUUUAAGUACACGUUACUCGUUAAACCUUGUUGCCAGUUUUCUUCUAGGUGAUGAUUGUUCUACCAUGCUGGAUGAAUGGGUUACAGAACGUCCCUGUCUGCUUGGCUCCAUGUGGAUUCUGCUGUUGGGGAAGCUGAAGAGGCGGGACCCGCUGCUGCCAACUUGGCCUGGUAUUUUUUUAAAGGUAGUAUAACAAAGGGUGUAAGUGACUACAUUUAACCAGUAACCCAUAACACCUUUGAAAAAAGUAGUGAAUUUAUUGUGGAUGACAAGUGUUCCACUACCUAUUGCAUUGACAAUAUCAGAGGUCCUAUAACGGUUUGUUCACAAGUUUAACCUGACUUGUUGACACAUUGGUAUGUAACCCAGUUGUUCAAAAAACUAGUCAAACUAUCUUAUUAUCGAUGUGAUCCUGAUAGAAAUGGACAUCACCAAUUUUGUAUAAAGUGACAAUCUGUCUUAAAAAAUGUUAUGUAAAAUACAAAGAUGUUGUGCCAGGAAACAUGUCCCAACUUUUUUUUCCUAAAUGAGAGAACAAUGUUUCAGGAACAUGGGUAUGAUUAAAUGAUUGACAAUAAAUCUUAUUUUGAUUA